AUGCCUAGCUCAUCAAAGGAAGGCGGGUCUCCCGAAAUAAAGACCUUUGAUUCCUCUGUAAAACUUUCGGAAAUAACUGAAAAAUCUACACCAGUUUUCCCAUUAGACUCCACUUUAAAGAGAAGGACCCAUUUCACUAAAUUCGUAGACUCCUUUAGAAGAGCAGAAGACAAACAUGCAGAUUCAGACUUAGAAGAUGGUUCCAAAUCUAUAACAUCAGACGACGAUCACAUGAAAAAGGCCAUGAAAUCAAGGCAUGUCAUUAUGAUGACCCUUGGUACAGGUAUUGGUACAGGUCUUUUAGUUGCAAACGGGAAAGGUUUAGCAUUGGCAGGUCCAGCACCUUUAGUACUUGGUUAUGGGUUAGUUUCAUUUGUCACAUACUUCAUGAUUCAAGCAGCAGGUGAAAUGGCUGUCACAUAUCCUACAAUGCCUGCAAGUUUUAAUACAUACGCUUCUAUUUUCGUCUCUAAACCUUUUGGGUUUGCUACUGUGUGGCUAUUCUGUAUCCAAUGGUUAACAGUUUUACCUUUAGAAUUAAUUACCGCUUCAAUGACCAUUAAGUAUUGGAAUGAUACAAUAAAUCCAGAUGUAUUCAUUGUCAUAUUCUACGUCUUUUUACUAUUCAUCCAUUUCUUUGGUGUCAAAGCUUACGGUGAGACCGAAUUUAUCUUUAAUAGUUGUAAGAUUCUAAUGAUCGCAGGUUUCAUCAUCCUUUCUAUCGUCAUUAAUUGUGGUGGUGCCGGUAGAGACGGUUAUAUUGGUAAUAAAUAUUGGAUAAAUCCUGGUGCGUUCGCUUCAGAGAGCCCAGCUGCAAGAUUCAAAGGUGUUGCAUACAUCUUAGUUACUGGUUAUUUCUCUUACGGUGGUACUGAAUUGUUUUCCUUGUCUGUCAAUGAACAAAAGAACCCAAGAAAAUCCACCCCUGCUGCUGCCAAACAAAGUAUCUACCGUAUCCUUAUAAUUUACUUACUAACGAUGAUUCUAAUUGGGUUCAACGUUCCUCAUGAUAGUGAUCAAUUGAUGGGUGCUGGAGGCUCUGCAACUCAUGCUUCUCCAUACGUCCUUGCUGCAUCUUUACAUGGUGUGAAGGUUGUUCCACAUUUCAUCAAUGCCGUCAUUUUAAUUUCUGUUGUUUCCGUUGCAAACUCUGCAUUAUAUGCCUCACCUAGAUUAAUGCGUUCUUUAGCAGAACAAGGUUAUGCUCCUAAAUGGUUUAAUUACGUCGAUAGAGAAGGGAGACCAUUACGUGCAUUAUGUAUAUGUGGUCUAUUUGGUGUCAUCGGUUUCGUUGCAUGUUCACCACAAGAAGAACAAGCUUUCACAUGGUUAGCUGCCAUUGCUGGGUUAAGUGAAUUAUUUACAUGGUCUUCUAUUUUCAUAUCUCAUAUACGAUUCAGAAUGGCUAUGAAAGUUCAAGGUAAAUCAUUAGAAGAAUUAGGAUACAGGGCAACAACAGGUAUCUGGGGGUCCGUUUAUAGUGUUUUCUUCAAUAUGCUAGUGUUCAUUGCUCAAUUCUGGGUGGCUUUAUCUCCACCAAAAAGUAAUGGUAAAUAUGAUGCAGAAGGAUUUUUCGAAAGUUAUUUGGCUGCUCCAUUAUGGUUAGUAUUCUAUUUCGGAUAUAUGAUAUAUUCGAGAGAUUUUACGUUCUUAACACCUCUGGAUAAGAUUGAUUUGGAUUUCCAUAGACGCAUAUAUGAUCCUGAAUUAUUAAGACAAGAAGACGCGGAAACUAAAGAAAGGCUAAGAAAUUCCGGCUGGUUGGCUAGACUACGUAGUUUCUGGUGCUAG